CUUGGAUGAGCAGACUAGCAGCGCUCCCUUCGCUGCAUUAACCCCGACCUUUCCAAUCCAGAGACGACAUUGCGCCCCCCAGACUCGGCAUGCCAUGAACGGCGCAUCUCCUAUUGGCGCCUUUCCACAGACGCCCGUGGCAGCCUCGAAAAGAGGAACUGCCCGGGCACCAGCUUCCUCCUCGACCGCCCCCCCGGCGAAGCCUAGCAGCAGUUCGCUGCCGGUCGCUCCCCAACAAGGCGCACCGUCCCCGGCGAGCUCUUCGCCUGUCAUCCCAUUGCACAUCAUUGACGCCCCAACACAGCGGCUCUACGCAUUCGGCUUCUAUGUUGCUCUGCUCGCCUGGAAGCUGUACAACUGGGCUCAGCUGGUCGAGGAAGACACAGAGUCCUUCUGGCUCUUUUUAAAAUGGGUCGCCAUAGACUGCGCGUUUCUCUUUGGCUUGCCGGAGCUGAGGAUACCAUGGCUUGAACUGUCGCAGCCGACUGUGGUCGUGGCGUUCUUUCUCCACGCCCUGUUCGACUGGAUUCUCAUGUUCAACCUCGGGUUUCCCUGGCAAGGGUGGGUUCUCGGCUUCGUUAAGAUCUUCUACGACCGCGAGCUUGCCAUAUCCGAGCACAAUGUGAAGGUGUCCAACAUCAUACAUAACUCUUCACUGAUCAUGGGACGGCAUAUCAUCAACAUUCUCCCCGAAGGCUCUGCUGUGCUGAACCCCGAACUUCAUCCCUUUUGCUUGGGGGGCGACCGUAAGACGGCGUCGAUACCCAUCUUUUUCAACGCGACUAUCCCGGUCGAGGUCGAGGUCAUCCGCACCGAUCUUGAAACCAACCAACAGGAGUCCCUGAAGUUAACUAGAAGUCAAAUAAAGGAGAUCGAGCGGAAGGGGAAACGGGAAAGCCAUGAAGGAGUGCCGACUGUGGUGCAGUUUGACUAUCCGGUCAAGAAGCCGGGUGUCUACCAGCUUGGGCGAGUUCUCGAUGAGUACAAGCUCGAGGUCCAGCGGAAGAACCCGCAGACCUUCGUUGUGCCUUGCCCCAAGGCCUGGGUUGGUCCUUCGGCUUCGUCGGGACGGUGUGUGGGCGAUCUCUCAGAUCUGUCGCUCCAGGUGGAGGGGACCCCUCCGCUGAAAAUCAAGUACAGCCGUACGAUCAAUGGCAAGGACCACAGCUUCCACUUUCAGAGUCUGCAGCCCGAAGGCUUCACGUCUCCGCUCAGCAUUGUGCGCUCGACAACCGUCAUCGGUCUGGACGACGAUGAUAUCUCAUGGGCCCGGUCCCAACGAGUCCCCGUCGGGCUCAACGAAUCUAUGCAUUCCAGCGGAGAGUGGCAAUACUCGGUGGAUGAGGUCCAGGACGGGUUUGGAAAUAUCGUCAAAUACGACUCCUCCGCCGACGACCUUGAUGCGAAGCCGAAGCCCAAACAUCUGGUGCAGAACUUCGUGGUCAAGGAGCGCCCGCAGGUGCGACUGGAAGGUUGUGACCUGAGGAACCCCCUGAAGGUUGCCAAGGGCCACGAGAAAGAGCUGCCUGUCCGGUUCAGAAUUGCCGGCCAGUCGGCCGACGUUACCGCUCAUAGCUUGACUUGGCAGUUCUCGCCCAUUGAUACCCUCACCGAAACCGGCGACCACGGCGAUGUGGUUUCCGUCGGAUCGUACUAUGCGAAGAACGCCAAUGACAGGCCGAGGAUCUCUGCCUCCGGCCUGUACACCUUGAAGUCGGUCUCCGCAAGCUCAUGUGAAGGGGAGGUGCAGGAGCCGUCUUCUUGCCUCCUGCUGAACCCCCUCGAGCCAAAACUCACUCUGCGCUCAGAGGAAAUCCCCGACACCUGCGCCGGCAACUCUAUCGGUCUGCGGGUGGACAUGGAUCUCAUCGGGACGCCGCCGUUCAUCGUCAGGUACGACGUGAUUUCGAAUGGUCAGCGGCGGUCCGAGAGAGUCAAGAUUCCCGGCCUUCGCUACCAGAUGGACCUGGUUCCGCGCAUUGCCGGGCAUCACAGGUACAUCUUCACCCACAUUGGCGACGACAUCUACAGCGGUCAGAAACUCGCCGGGCCCGAGUACGUCCUAGAGCAAGACGUCAAACCCGCAGCGGGGGCCAUUAUCCAGCACAGCACAGGCAAGAUAAGUUCAUGCCUUGGCGACGAAGUGGCAGUUGACGUUCUUCUGCUUGGCGACCCUCCCUUCACGCUUGAAUGGGAGAUCAUCCACGAUGGCAAGAGGCGGCAGCACAAGGCUACCGAUAUCCAGCAGAUCUCGUACCAAAUCAAGACGGCGCCCUUAAGCCAGGGCGGAGAAUACACCUUGGGCUUGACAAGCGUUCGGGACAGGAGAGGGUGCAGGAAUUUUCUGCAAGACGAGAUCAAGCUCUCUGUCAGGCGCCAGAGCCCACGCGCGGCCUUCGGCCAGAUCGAGGGCAAGCGAAAGGCACUGGCCGUCGAGGGCUCGACAGUGAAGCUUCCGGUCCGCCUUACUGGGGAGGGUCCAUGGAAGGUCUUCUAUGCCAACCUCGACGACGGCCCUGCGGAUGACCCCAAGAUCGUGGAGAGGACAGUCCGAAGCGAUAAUGGCUAUCUCGACGUCAAGGGACGUGGCACGUACCAGAUCAUCGACGUCUGGGAUAAACAGUGCCACGGCGUCGUCGAUACCAAGGCGUCCAAGUUCGAAAUUGACUGGUUCCCCCGCCCGGAGAUGUCUGUGGUUCUUUCGCACGGUGUUAGCCAGACAGACAGCAGCUACGUUCUGGAAGACGUCUGCGAGGGCGAUGUAUCUGGUUUCGAGGUUGCACUGAAAGGCACGCCGCCAUACACGGUGGAGUAUGAAGUUCGGCAUCAUCCUCUCCAGGGCUCCAGCUCCUCGCUAAGCAGGAAGAAGCUCGAUGCUUCGCCCGGAAAGGACUCCAUCCAGGCAGAUACGACCAAGGCGGGCUUGUAUACGUACAAGUUCACCGCACUGGAGGAUCAGCUAUACAGCAGCGACCGCCACUUCAAGCCGCUCGUGGUGAAGCAGAAGGUGAACAGGAAGCCAUCGGCAUCCUUCGUCAAGCCCGGCCAGACGUUCAAGUACUGCAAGUCGGAGCAGGAACACGAGGGCGGCAUACCAGUCACCUUGACUGGUGUUCCCCCUUUCUCUCUGGAGGUCGAGAUCAAGCACCAGAGUGCUGCCGUCCCGGAGAUCUACAGGACGCCGACCAUCAACUCGCACUCGUACGAAAUCCGCAUUCCGCGGCACCACCUCCGACUCGGCACGCAGCAAAUCCGUAUCCGCGAUGUCAAGGAUGGCAGUGGCUGUCACACCAUCGCCGAGCUCGGGGGGCCAUCGGUCCAGGUGCAGCUCUUCGAGGCACCCACCAUCUACCCGCUCGAGACGCGCACGGACUACUGCGUAGGCGAGCGCAUCUCGUACACCCUCUCCGGGACCCCACCCUUUGAGGUGUGGUACACGUUCGACGGUGCCGAACGCAAAGCCAAGUCGCCGACCACCAACUUUCGCCGCGUGGCCGAGUCGCCCGGCGAUUUCACCAUCACGACUAUCUCCGACAAGGCCAGCGAGUGCCGCGCGCCUGUGCACAUCUCUAAGACGAUCCAUCCCAUGCCGGCGGUGCGCAUCAGCAAGGGCAAGAACGUGCGCGUCGACAUCCACGAGGGCGGCGAGGUUGAGAUCCUCUUUGAGUUCUGGGGCACGCCUCCCUUCGAGUUCACGUACACGCGCAGCACCAAUGUGCGCAAGGGCCAGAAGAGUCAGGUGCUGGAGACAAGACACGACGUCAGCCACGAGCACAGCAAGGUCAUCCGGGCCAGCCAGGAGGGCACGUAUGAGGUGGUGGCGAUCAAGGAUAAGUACUGUGCCUUCUCUGCGCAGGGGUUGGAGGGGAUUGAGAAGGAGGGGAGGAAGAAGCAGAAGGCUAUCAAGUAUCAUUGACCGUCACGCCGUCGACGAGAUGGAGGAGACAGUUUAAGGGAGGGACGAGGUGGAUGAAAUUUGAGUCUAGUAAAAUUGGGCUUUAGUGUU